AUGUAUUGGCGUUCGCUAUUUUUGCUUGCUUUCCUACCUUGUUGCUUGUCAGCUGGGUCAUUAACAGUUGUAAUUGACCUUAAUGAAAAAUUUCUGGAUGUCAGCAAUGAAGGAUUUUGGAUUGUGAAGUUCUACGCUCCGUGGUGUGCUCAUUGCAAGCGGCUUCUCCCAGUCUGGGAACAUCUUGGACAUGCUGUUAGUGACAAGAACUUGCCUGUGAGAGUGGCAAAAAUGGACUGCACUCGGUUCACGAGCGCCUGCAAUAGCCUCUCGAUAACAGGCUACCCAACGAUUCUGUUUUUCCGUCAGGGACGCAGGCUAGAGUACCAUGGAGAGCGCACGAAAGAGGCCCUCUUCAAUUUCGUCGUCAAAAGCUCAGCCCCGGUUAUAGAAAAAAUCAGCGCUGCGAGAAUCAAUGACGUUAGCAUAAGACGAGACUCUCGAAAUGAUCCUUGUUUUGUUUUGGUUGGAGAGGAAAAGGACGAGAUCCAUCAUGAAUUUGAAGAGAUUGCUAACUCGCUGUUUUCAAUGACGAGAUUUUUCGCUGCCACUGCCUCUUCUGUUCCAGCGACACUCAGAGAGUCGGGUGCUCGAGUAGUUGUGUUCAAGGAUGAUGCUUUCUUUCCAUACCAUGGUUCUGUU